AUGAACAACUUGUGCAACUCGUCCAGACUCUCCGUCACGUUGUUCGUGCGCCAGUGCUCGACGAUUCUAACGUCGGGCAUUCGAGAGAGAGGCCAGUGUGGUUGGCUUUCCAGUUGUUCGGCCGCACAACAGACGUUCCAGCGAACGAUGAGCUCUGGACAGCGAGGAUCGCGCGACAGCGCUGGAAACCCAGUGGCGGCCGCGGCUGCUGGAACGGGCUUGGGGGCGGGCUCGAGUGCGCCCCCGUUCCAGCAUCCGCAUUGCGACCGGGCGGCCAUGUACGAGCAGCCGGUGCGGAAGAUAAGGACCAAAGGAGGAUCCUACGACUACGACCUGAUUGUGAUUGGCGGCGGCUCAGCUGGCCUGGCCUGCGCCAAGGAGGCGGUCCUCAAUGGAGCCCGUGUGGCCUGCCUGGACUACGUCAAGCCCACGCCCACCCUGGGCACCAAGUGGGGCGUUGGCGGCACCUGCGUGAACGUGGGCUGCAUUCCCAAGAAGCUGAUGCACCAGGCCUCGCUCCUCGGCGAGGCUGUGCAUGAGGCGGCCGCCUACGGCUGGAACGUGGACGACAAGAUCAAGCCCGACUGGAGCAAGCUGGUGCAGUCCGUGCAGAACCACAUCAAGUCCGUGAACUGGGUGACCCGUGUGGAUCUGCGCGACAAGAAAGUGGAGUACAUCAAUGGCCUGGGCUCCUUCGUGGACUCGCACACCCUGGUGGCCAAGCUGAAGAGUGGCGAUCGCACAAUCACCGCCCAGACCUUCGUCAUUGCCGUGGGCGGCCGACCCCGCUAUCCGGACAUUCCCGGAGCCCUGGAGUACGGCAUCACCAGCGACGACCUGUUCAGUUUGGACCGCGAACCCGGCAAGACCUUGGUUGUGGGAGCUGGCUACAUCGGCCUGGAGUGCGCUGGAUUCCUCAAGGGACUCGGCUACGAGCCCACCGUGAUGGUGCGCUCCAUUGUGCUGCGUGGCUUCGACCAGCAGAUGGCCGAGCUGGUGGCCGCCUCGAUGGAGGAGCGCGGCAUUCCCUUCCUGCGCAAGUCGGUGCCCCUGUCCGUGGAAAAGCAGGACGACGGCAAGCUGCUGGUGAAGUGGAAGAACACGGAGACCGGCGAGGAGGCCGAGGAUGUCUUCGACACCGUGCUGUGGGCCAUCGGCCGAAAGGGCCUGGUCGAUGACCUGAACCUGCCCAAUGCCGGCGUGAGUGUGCAGAAGGACAAGAUUCCAGUGGACUCGCAGGAGGCCACCAAUGUGGCUAACAUCUAUGCCGUCGGCGACAUUAUCUACGGCAAGCCGGAGCUGACGCCCGUGGCCAUUCUGGCUGGCCGUCUGCUGGCACGCCGCCUAUACGGUGGAUCCAUCCAGCUCAUGGACUACGCGGAUGUGGCCACCACCGUGUUCACUCCCCUGGAGUACGCCUGCGUCGGUCUCAGCGAGGAGGAUGCCGUCAAGCAGUACGGAGCCGAUGAGGUGGAGGUGUUCCACGGCUACUACAAGCCCACGGAGUUCUUCAUUCCCCAGAAGAGCGUGCGCUACUGCUACUUGAAGGCGGUGGCCGAGCGCCAUGGCGACCAGCGGGUCUAUGGACUGCACUACCUCGGACCAGUGGCCGGUGAGGUGAUCCAGGGAUUCGCGGCCGCCCUCAAGUCCGGCCUGACCAUCAACACGCUGAUCAAUACGGUGGGCAUUCACCCCACGACCGCCGAGGAGUUCACCCGGCUGACCAUCACCAAGCGCUCGGGACUGGACCCCACGCCGGCCAGCUGCUGCAGCUAGAGCGGGAUGGCAGCCCUGCCGCCGCCUGGGACGCCGUCGAAACCUGCUCCAACCCGAAUCCACCCUAGAAUGAAUGGUUCUUGCCGCGGCCCGGCGAUCGAGAUCGAAGAGUUCAACAGUUCCGUUCUUAGUUACCACACUUAACACUCCACACAACAGCUCUGCGCAAGGGAGGGGCACCGGGCAGCGAUGGCGGGCGGAACUCCAGAGGAACUCCCCGCGCGACCGGUCCAUCCCACACGACUGCUGCGCCGCCGACACGCACUCCAAAUUCUGAAUUUGUUUGAUCCCAUGAAAUUAACCAUGAAAUCCAUGAAAAUCCCCUGAAUGUAAGGUUGAAAAAUAUAAUUUUUCACCCACGAAA